AUGCUCCCUCCAUCCCUCCUUUCCCACCAUCCCUCCAUCACUCAAUUUUUUGCCAACCCUCAAUCCUUCCAGUUCCCGCCACCUAUCCAUCCCCCGAAAUUCCCCUCAGGCAGAAGGGAAGGCGUACAAAUGGGUGACACUGAAGAGAAGAAGGACAGACGAGGAGAGGAGGGGGAGGGAGGGGAAAUGCAGGGGCAGCGGGAUAUUGAGACCCUUUUAAACAAGACAGAAAGAGAAGAGGAGGACGAAAGAGGGGGGAAGCAGGGACAAGGGGAUGCGACGGUGGUGGUGGUGGAAGGAGAGAGUAGUAUGCUGGUGCUGGAAGGACAGGGCGGGGCAGGGGGGGGGCAGGAGCGGCGAGAUGCUGCUGUGGUGGUGGUGGAAGGAGAGAGUAGUAUGCUGGUGCUGGAAGGACUGGUGUUCUAUUGCCAAGGCAGGGGGGGGAGAGGCGAGGGGAAAAAGGGGGGAGAAGGGGGAGAGGGAGGGUUUUCCGGUGCAGGUGUCAAGAAUUCUCGUGCUGGCGUUGAGAGCUGUUAUACACGUGUGGAGGUGGACGUGUGUGCGUGGGUGAACCUGGCUGCUGCAGCGCAGUCAGAUGAGCUUCAAGACUCGGUGGACUAUGGGGAGAUCUACACCAUUGCACGACGGCACGUUGAGAGCCAUCAAUCCCCCCCACUCGCCUCCCUCGCACUCCCCCCUCUCGCCCGCACCAUCGCUAUGACCAUCCGCACAUCCCUGCCCUGCGUGAAGAGAGUGUGGGUGCGCCUGGCCGCUCCUGCUCCCGCCUCCCUGCCUGGGGUGGUUGGUAGCGCUGCAGCACAGGUCACCCUCUAA